GCUCCCGGGGGCUGCAGGGCGUGAGAGAAGCCAUCGUUAAAUCCUCGGGGGUGAGGGGCCACCAUGCUUCUGUCCCCUCGCGGGCUGCUGCUGGGUUUGGGGCCCUGGGGUGGUUUGUUAAGAUGGAAUCGGAGUGCUUCGCUGCCGGGCGGAGGGGAGCGGGGAUGUGUUAGCAGAAAGCCGGCUGGGUUUAUGAGGUGUUGCUUGAGGGAAAAGAGAGCGGCUCGUAUGUUGCCAUGUCUGAGGAUGCUUUGUUGGAAGAGGACAUUUGGGAGUACAAGUCCAUUAGGAAGCAAAAGCAGCAGAGCACUCCGGAGAGUCCCUCCGCUCCUGUGCAGAAAGUAACCGACGGCAAAUGCAGGCCACAAAGAAAGGGAAAUGGAAAUAAAAGAAAAUCGGUGCGAAAAAAUGGUACUCGUCAGAAAAGUGAGCGGAGAUCGAGGCCAAAUGAGGAUCCAGAGGCGAGUAAAGAUGACAGCAGCGUGCACUCCCAGGAAAGCGCGGGCAGCCAGGCAGAGCACGGCUCGCAGAGUGCAAGGCCGGGUCACGACGGGCACUGUCCGAGCUGUCAGAUGCCCUUCUCCUUGCUGCUAGUCCAGACACCUCGGUGGCACGUCGCCGAAUGUUUGGAUACUCCAGGAUCCACUGAAAAAGAGUGUCCUGAUGGCUUACUGUGCACUUCUACCAUUCCAUCCCACUACAAGCGCUAUAGUCAUUUCCUACUUGCAGCAAGCAGGGCAGGAGAAUAUCUGGUAAGCUCUUCAGCACAUGCUUUGGAGAGGAAGUCCACAUGCUCUACUGCUGCAAAGUCCGGUUGUUUCCCAAGUCAUUCAGAAGAAAUUUCACAGAAUGAGAAACCAUCUAAUAAUGUAAAAAACGUCCCAAAAUACGAGUGUGCAUCGGUGGUACAGAGCUCACCACAAGAGAAGUCUCUAAAUAUAACCAGUGAAAGUACUUCCUCUUUUGCACAUGCUCAAAACCCUCAACAAACAUUUCAGCUCACACAAACCACAGAUAAUAGUUGUAAAUUUGAAUUUUAUGACUUUGCGUCCUCUCAGGAAAGUGUUAUAGGAGAAGAUCUGAGCAGUCAAAAAGAUACAAAUCAGCCAAGUCUACUACAGUCAAAAGUGGACUUCAGUGACUGUGAAAUUUCUUACUCCCCAUUGAGUACUUGUGAGGAAAGUGAAGAUGGAACUGAAGAAGAGGAGGAAAAAGUAAAAAUAUCACAAAAUAAAUUAUUCAUAGUCGAGAACUUUGAAGAUAAAGAAUUUGAUUCUGUGGAGGUCAAAAAAUGUGACGAACCUUUUUUACAGCAGAAGCAUAUUGAACAGGGAAAUUUUAUAUUAAAAAACCAACACUGUGAGGAAGUAGAUACAUGGAACUGUCAGCAUUAUAGCAGAAGAACUGCUUCUCAGAGUCACGUGAGCAGCAACUUCUGUAAUUCAGCAUGUGUAGGUAAUCAGCAUCAGCAAGAGACCCUAGCAUCAGACUCCUCUUUUCCUUUUAGUUGUGAAUUAUUUAAGGAGGAGGUUCAACAGCCAAGAUUGACUUCCUCGGCUGCUGAUGCAGGUAACGCAGAGUCAAAAGGUAGUGGUGCUUGUGCUUUGGAUUCUGUGUACGUGGGUCUUACGGAUACGCCACUGGUGUCAGUCAGGGAAGGUGCUGGCUCUCCUCUGUCACAAAAAAGUAAGGUUAGGAGGGACCCAAGUAACAUUUUAACCAAUCCAGGUAAAAUGGCAGCUGGUGCAAUUGAAAAAGCUGCUCACCAGGAGAGUUUGCAGUCAGUAGUGAAGAAAGAAGAAAACCUUAAUGCAGCUGGUGUAUGCUUUCCCAGCCCUGUCUCUAAAACAGCAUCAUCUCAUUCUUUAGCAAGUGCAAAUGCCAAAUCCAGUUCUGCCAAAGAACUCAAACAAAUGGACAUUGGUGUUUUCUUUGGGUUAAAAGCCAAAGUAAAAGAGGAAAGUAAGGGAGAGAUGUGUUUGAGUGAGGAAAAGCAGGCACCAUGUUCAGUAACUCCCAAUGGAAAGAGGCCCAGACAGCAAAAAAGGAAAGCUGAAGGAUCUGUGGAGGAUGUAGAAGCAGCUAAAGAAAGUUCAGAUAAAAAUGGAGACCUGGCAGAUGUAACUUCUGGUGGCCAAAGAAAGUGGAGAAAAAAAUUUAGAGAAUUACCUGCUACAGGUGAAGGAACAAGAAAAAAACAGUGCCCUUUCUACAAGAAAAUACCAGGAACUGGUUUUACAGUUGAUGCUUUCCAGUAUGGAGAAAUUGAAGGCUGCACAGCCUAUUUCCUCACUCAUUUUCACUCUGAUCACUAUUGUGGGCUGACAAAAAACUUCAUGUUUCCAAUCUACUGUAACAAGAUAACUGGCAAUCUGGUGAAGAGCAAACUUCGAGUCAAAGAGCAGUACGUCCAUGUGCUGCCGAUGGACACGGAAUGUGUCGUGAAUGGGAUUAAAGUGGUGCUGCUUGAUGCCAAUCAUUGUCCAGGUGCAACAAUGAUCCUUUUUUGUCUGCCCAGUGGAACUGCUAUUCUGCACACAGGAGACUUUAGGGCAGAUCCUUCUAUGGAGCGCUACCCUGCUUUGCUUGGUCAAAAAGUCCACACCCUUUACCUUGAUACCACGUACUGUAGUCCUGAAUACACUUUUCCUUCUCAACAAGAAGUUAUCCAGUUUGCUGUCAAUACUGCCUUUGAGACAGUGACUUUAAACCCGCGUACUCUAGUUGUCUGUGGCACGUAUUCCAUUGGAAAAGAAAAAAUUUUUUUAGCAAUUGCUGAAGUUCUGGGCUCGAAAGCAAGCAUGUCCCGUGAUAAAUACAAAACACUGCAGUGCUUGGAGUCAGCAGCCGUUAAUUCCCUCAUCAGUGUGGAUUGGGCUGGUACUUUGCUUCACAUUCUUCCCAUGAUGCAAAUUACUUUUAAGGGCUUGCAAGACCACUUAAAUAAGUUUUCUGAGAAUUUUGAUCAAGUUCUGGCUUUCAAACCUACUGGAUGGACCUACUCUGAUUCAUGCCUUUCUCUGCUGGAUAUCAAACCUCAGACGAGAGGAAGGAUCACCAUUUAUGGAAUUCCGUAUAGCGAACACAGCAGUUACCUGGAAAUGAAGCAUUUUGUUCAAUGGUUGAAGCCACAGAAAAUAAUCCCCACUGUAAAUGUUGGUGACUGGAGAGCCAGAAGCUUGAUGGAAAAGCAUUUUAGAGACUGGAUGACUGAGGGCAGUGGACAUAAAUAACUAUAAAGAAGAAUGUACAUUUCAAAAGAGAUUAUGGAGACGGCUAGAUGCAUGAUGCUGGGAGUGAAACCACCUCCAGGUUCAUCAUUUUGGAAAAUAAUUUAUUGUAAUAAAUAAAUACUUAGAAGAAUAAAAUUUUUUUUAAAGAUAUUGCUACCUACAUUCUACUCAAGAUUUUCUAUGUUUUUGUUUUUUUAAAUAAAGAACCUCCAUGAAGCCUGUGUGUUCUUUCUAAGAGCAAAGUAUAUUUCUUCUCAGUACUGUAGCUGC